AGUGUUUCAAAGCAACCCCUGUCAACGGUCAGCGCUGACCAUUCCAGUGAGUUGUGGUGCAAACAGAUCGUUGAAGUGGAGAACACGGGUCUACCUACCAAGUAGUUUCUUGCUUCUAUCAGGGGUUUUCUAUCGCAGUUUCGACUAUAAACGGCAGUCCAUAAUGGCUGCGUACAGCGAUGAAUUAAUUCCAGAUUAUCAGGAAGCAUUCAAUUUAUUCGACAGCCGGGGUGAUGGAAAGAUUAAUGUUUCUCAGCUUGGGGAUGUUUUGCGUGCACUGGGACAGAACCCUACCGAGGCAGAUGUAGCUAAGUUUAGUUCACAAGCAGGGGGCAAUAAAGACGCUAAUAAAGACAAAGAAGCCGCUAGGAUCUCCUUCGAUGAGUUUCUCCCAGUUCUUGCCGCUAUAAGUAAGAACCGCUCAUCCGACACCCCCGAAGACUUCAUUGAGGGUCUGCGACACUUCGAUAAAGAGGCCAAUGGGUAUAUUUCCUCUGCGGAACUACGGCACUUGCUUACUACCCUUGGAGAGAAACUUUCAGAUGAUGAAGUCGAGCAGCUUCUAGCGGGUCAGGAAGAUUCCCACGGGAACGUGCACUACGAGGACUUUGUUCGGAUGCUGAUGAGCGGCUAGCUAGUGCUCGUGAGGUUGUUCUUCGUCAAUAAGAUGUUCCGGCGGAGAUAACAGUCCCGGAGAGUGGAGUGGUAUAGAGGAUUAACGACAGUAGUUGCUUAGAACGAUAUGUGCUUGCUUAUAGGUUAAAUGUAAGGAGCGUCCAUAAUAGGGCGAUGCAAGGUAUAUCUCGAGAAUUUCUCUUACCUGUUUACAAACUUCAUUGAACGAUCAGAUCGAUUGUAAAUCAGGGUCACCACUGAAUAACUGUCAUCAGUACCCAUGGUUAAAUGCCGUUAUUUCUGCCCACUAAGACCACGGUAAGAGGAUUCAAGGAAAUACGUUACACGUUGGUAUCAUAAAUUCAUGUGUUCGGUCAUAAUCAGUUGUUUGAUUCUAAGCGAGCUUUAUAGCUGCGUCUAGUUUUAGUUCUUUUUUUUUCAAAAUUUUUUAAGUUCUUGUGCCGAUUUUUGGCAAGUUAGGUCACAGCUUAAUCGCAUAAUACUGCACCACCUUUCAAUCUGCACAAUUUUCCUGUUAAUAAUGAUCUUUUAUUUUAGUGCUGUCAGAUGUUCUAUUGUAAAAUCAAUAGUAUUCAGUACAACUAAAUAAAUACUAAAAUAAUUUGCUCAUGAAAAAUCAAAACUAUGUUUAUGUUGGCAGCCUCUGAAUAACUGCGCCCCAGCGCUUUAUUGAGGUAAAAAUUGUAAGAAUAUAUGUAUAUGCGUAUUUUUCAAAAUUGUUUCACCAUAAAUAGUAUUCAUUUAGGGGAAUGGCUGGUAGACGAGAGUCCGACCUAUUAUUUAGUAUGCCGUCUAUGACGUUCAUAUGUCACAUCUGCUAAGUGUCGUCUUAUGACAUUACCAGUUCACUACUUAAAUAUCAAUAUAUCACGCGAGGUUAAAAAUGUGUAGCAGCAUAAAUACAUAUAUAUAUCCUUGUAUAAUAUAUCAUAAAUUAUAUAUACACUAGCUGCGAGAAGUAUUUGACUACCUUUGUAAUUUCAGACCAGUUUCAAUGAUUGGCCGAGUAGAUAGAUUUUUCGAGCAAGCGAGCAUUAUAUAUUAUUUAUUUGAAAAAAGAAUGACUAAUAAUGGCAAUAUUAGUGUCUAAUUCAGUCGAAGUUAAGUGAUCUAAUUGCCGGUCUGCUAAAGAAAAGCGAAAUGUUCUUAGUAGAAUAAGCUGUUGAUUUGCUUAAAAUAUCAGCUCAAUAUACAAAACAAGAACUGUUCGAGCUUGCAAUUCUGCACAAAAGUAAUCUCGAAAUAGUCAAAAUCUACCUUAAAAGUGAAUUUUAAGGUCUGUGUCCGCGCAGAAUUGUAAAUUUAUUUCAGCUUUGCUUUAUAUGUAUCCUCUGAUGAGAAUUUUUAACGCCACAAAUGCUUGUGAGAGACGCAUGUCUGUCCUUACCACGUUCCAUCUUGAGCUGUUUCAACUAGACAGUAAUCUAUUUAUUUGAUAAUCUAUAAAGUGCUUUCUUAUUUUAAAGCGCUGAAUAACUCGUUACAUUCUUGGAAAUGAUUCACCAUAAUCUUCGCGCACUUAUUCGUUAUCCAUUUGCAUGAAAGGUUCGUCAAUUUCUUUGGUCUUCCCUUGCGGUUUGGGUUGUAAUCAGUUAGCAAAAAAAAAACGAGGUGCAGUGGCCACCUGCUCCAUAAAUUUUUGCGAGUGUUUUGGAUAUGUAUUAUAGUGAAGAUAUUUGUAUAAUUGUAAGUGAAAGUUCGAAUCGGCAUGGUCCAAGCGGUCGGCGACAAGCGCUUUAUGAGUGCUUUGAAAGCAGUUUUUUGUACGUCGUAGUCUCUAUUAAACAGAUAUCGCUGGUUCAAUUUUUUUACAGAAAGAAGUGCGUGAUUGUUGUCUAGUAGUGUGGUUUUCCGUAGUAUUAUUCAGAUAAAUUUGUCUGCAAUUUUAAAUUUCUUUGUAUUUUUCGGAGCUACGCAGUGUAUAUGUAGAAGUAUAAAUUUCAACAACACUCUCCAAACCGUUCUGUUUCAGUCUUCAAUUUCGUUCUGAAACAUUGUCACGUGAUCGCUAGGUUUUUACGUCUCCGCUCUUCAGUUUCUUUAUUUUGUUUGCCAAAAACGUAAUUUUGUGAAAUCUGCAGAGUAAUAGUCCAAAAGGCCUUACGAAAAACCUACAUAUUAUCAUUACCACUAUCAUAGAAAUAAUUUUAAAACAUUUUUUAUUCUUUUAUACGUUCUUUUAAUAACUAAUGCGGUCAUAAAUUCUUUUGAAACACACACUUGCGGCAAACUCAUACAGAGAAAGUGCGUACACACAAUAUGAUUUAAAAAUUGUUUUGCUGAAUAAGAAUACAAGUACUAAGUCGGAGCAAUAUGUAUUUCAACAUGCAAGAGUCGUAACAACCUUGAAUAUCAAGACUUAUAUAAAACCAAUAUUGUUAGGUGGGCUGAUUUUCAUUUGUUGUAACUGCAUUGCGGGAUUGAAUAUCUUAAACAGUCGCUAAUGAAACAUUUUUACCAUA